AUGCUUACAUAUAGGCCUCAAUCUUGCCCCUGCAUAAGCCUCACUCACCAUUUAUCAAUGGAAGAUGAGAAUAAAGAAUUGCAGCUACUUUCUGGCACUCCAUAUACUGCAGCUUCUUCAUCACAGGAUUUAUCAUGGCCAUUGGAUUCUUCGAUGAAAUUCAGAUCAAUGAAUCAUUUUGAGGAUCCAUCACUUGACCUUCAAUUGUCAAUAAGCGUUAGUCCACUCCAGCCAGUUGCAGAUCAUGUUCGAAGAAGAAAAGUUAAAGAUUAUGAUGGUGGAAAGUUGGAAUCGAGCCGUGUUGAGGCCUUGAAAUGGCAGGCUGCUGAGCAAGCUCGAUUAGCAGCAAUGGAGAAUGCUUAUGCAGAGCGCGUCAAGGAGAUUACGCGGAGAGAGAUGGAAAUAGCGCAGUCUGAGUUUGUGCGUGCCAGAUACACGUGGGAGAGAGCGAGGGAGGAGGUUGAGAAAAUGAAGGCCAUGGCUAGUAGGCAUAUUGAUUCUACUUGCAGGGAAAUUACUUGCCAAUCUUGUAGACAAAAGUUUAGACCUUAG